AUGGCACUCCCUUUUCAAAAAGAGCUGGAGAAAUACAAGAACAUUGAUGAAGAUGAGCUUCUUGGCAAACUCUCAGAAGAGGAACUGAAACAGCUGGAAAAUGUUCUUGAUGACCUAGAUCCUGAGAGUGCACUGCUGCCAGCUGGAUUUCGACAGAAAGACCAGACACAGAAAGCAGCCACGGGCCCGUUUGACCGCGAGCACCUCCUUAUGUACCUGGAGAAGGAGGCUUUGGAGCAGAAAGACAGGGAAGACUUUGUGCCCUUCACUGGAGAAAAGAAAGGGAGAGUCUUCAUCCCCAAAGAAAAGCCCAUAGAAACUCAUAAAGAAGAAAAGGUGACCCUGGACCCAGAACUGGAAGAAGCUUUGGCCAGCGCCUCUGACACUGAACUCUAUGACCUUGCAGCUGUUCUUGGAGUACACAAUUUGCUCAACAACCCCAAGUUUGAUGAAGAAACGACCAACACGAAAGGUGGCAAAGGGCCUGUGAGAAAUGUGGUCAAAGGUGAAAAGGUCAAGCCAGUAUUUGAGGAACCACCCAACCCCACAAAUGUGGAAGUAAGUCUACAGCAGAUGAAAGCCAAUGAUCCCAGCUUGCAAGAAGUCAACCUCAACAAUAUUAAGAAUAUUCCAAUUCCAACCCUGAAGGAAUUUGCAAAGGCUCUGGAGACCAACACUCACGUGAAAAAGUUCAGUCUGGCUGCAACCCGCAGCAAUGACCCUGUGGCAAUUGCCUUUGCAGAUAUGCUAAAAGUAAACAAGACCUUGAAAAGUCUAAACAUAGAAUCCAAUUUCAUCACUGGUGCUGGGAUCCUGGCCCUUGUAGAAGCACUAAGGGAAAAUGACACGUUGACUGAGAUCAAGAUCGACAACCAGAGACAGCAGUUGGGAACAGCCGUGGAGAUGGAAAUUGCCCAGAUGCUGGAGGAGAAUUCCAGGAUCCUCAAGUUUGGAUAUCAGUUUACCAAGCAAGGACCACGAACAAGAGUGGCAGCUGCCAUCACAAAGAAUAAUGACCUGGUUCGUAAAAAGCGAGUUGAAGGAGACCGAAGUGCUACAUGUUUGUCUUGGAUUUUUUUAACGUUUGCAACUGCUUUAUUUGUCCCUGGACACCUCUGGCGACUUGCACCAAUGGAUUUAUGCAGAUCUUAG